AAUGAACCAAUUCAAAUAUGUUCAUUCAAAGAUAGUAUCAUGUCAGUUCAAUCUACUAUAUCAACAUCAAUGGCAAUAACUGUGCUACGUAUACAUGGUUUUCACGUGAAACUUUUAAUAUCGCAGUAAAGAUAUAUCGUUUCAAAGAAUUAAAUAUUACAUUUGAUAAUCAAUGAUUCGUUUAUUCCCUAAAAGUACUUGCUCGAACAAUACAGGAUAAUGUUUGCAUUUCAAUUUUGACAGCUUUCGUCUUCAAUUCCAACUUAAUUUGACGUAAAUAAAAGUCUAUGGAAAUUCAUGUAAUUUAAUAAAAGCUGGAGGAUAUCAUACAAACUUUGCCAAAAUGUUCAAAAAGUUUAAAGAUAAACUUGCAGAAGAAAUGAAACAAUCACCUGCCAGGUUACAAGCAAGCAUGCAACAAUUAGCACAGAAACUCCCAAAAACAGUCCUGCUAAACAUGGUUUUCAAAAUGUAGAUUUAAUGACACCUACAUCGAAUUCCAUAGGUAUUUCGAGAAGAUCAUCAGUUAGCAGUAUGACUAGUGACACUUCAUCUCUUUUUCCAAUUUACGAAAGUCCUGCUAAUUUAUAUCAUUUGCAGUCUGAUAUAGAUCAGUCUGCUAGUGAAAUAGACGAAAAUAUAAGUCCACAAUUGGACAAGGUUUCGAAAGAUCAAAUAUAUUCAGCUUAUAGGAAAGUGCAAGCAAAAUAUCAUAAAUAUCGUGGGAGAUAUACAGAUUUAGCAACACAUUAUAAAGAAUUGGAAAGAGUAAAAGGCAAGUUAGAAUCAGUUUUAGUGGAAACCCAAGAUAAAGUAUUAAGGCGAAUAGCUGAUUUGAAAGAACAGUGUCAUUUAGAACAACAGGCCAAAGCUCAUUUAGAAGAAGCAUUGAGAAAUGAUAUUGAAGAAAAAGAUCAUAUAAUAAGUACAUUGAAUACAAAGAUUAAACUUUUGCAAACAACUGGACCAAACUUAAAAACGACUUUAUCAGAUACUAUUAAUGAUAAAGGGAAUUUAAAAGAUAAUCUUAUUGAUCUAAGUACUGGAUCGUCAAUUAGUUCUGAAGAGAAUGCUUUUGUAAUUGAAAAUGCACAACUGAAAGACAAAUUAAAAAAAUUAGAAAAUGUUGUUUUAAAGUACAAAGAAUCUUUAAAACGAAAUAAAGAAAAGUUUACUGAAAUAUUAACAGAAAAGAAUACAUUAGAAUCUCAAUAUGAAACAUUAAGAAAUUCUUAUACAGAGAAAGAAAAAGAAUUAAGUUCUGUAUCUACAGAAAUUAAAAAUUUAACAGAUCAAAUGAUUAUUUUAAGAAAACGUGAAGAAGAAUCUGUAAUAUCUUUAGCUGAAAAUAAACUUUCAAUACAUAGAGAAUUAGAGGAUAAAGAAGAGCAAAUCAAAAAGCUACAAUUAGAUUUGAAGUAUAUGACAGAAUCCAAGGAAAAUUUAAGUGAAAUUGUUAACAAAUAUAAAGUUGAAUUAGAGAAACUAAAAUUAUCAUCUAAUACUCAAAAUGCAGAUUUAGAAAAAAAGGAAAUUAUACAAGAUACUUCAAAUGGAAAAUCAGAAAUGCAGCAGUUAUUAAUUGAUUUGGAUGAAAAGAUGGGCUUAAAGUAUCAUGAAGAAAAUUGUAAUAAAGAGAAUAUAAAAAUACAUGAUACUGAAAUAUAUCAAAAUUUAAAAUGUAAAUUAGAUGAAAAGGAAAUUGAACUUCAAGAGAUAAAAACUAAAUUAGAAGAAUUACAAAAGCUUGCUGAAGAAUGUCAAACAGAUAAAGAAAAACUGUAUAUGGAAUUUUCAAAUUAUAAAUUAAAAUAUGCAGAGCUCCAAAAUGAACAAGAGGCACAAAAAAUUAUUGCCAAAGAAAGAAAAAAAGAAGGAGAAACAACAAUUGAAAAAUUGCAAGCUACUAUACAAAGUCUUGAUAAAGAAUUAGAAAAUAUGAGGAAUGCUUUAAUUGAUAGAGAUAAGGUAUGUGAAAGUUACAAUGCUAAAGUUCAUGAAUAUAAAACAAUGCUUGAAAAAACGAAAGAAAAAUUAUUAAUUCAGGAAACGGAAAUAAAAACUCUUAAAGAAAAAAUACAAGACGAUACAGAAAUAAUUAAAUUAAACAAUGAGUUAAAAAUUAAAAACAUUGAAUUACUAGGAGUAUGCACAGAACUUGAAUCCUGUAAAUCUAUUAUCUCUGAUCUUAAAAACAGACAUCAAACAGAUAGUUCUAAUAUUAGUUUGCUCUACGAAGAGAAAAAUAAUUUAAUUAAAAAUAUUUUAAAUUACAGAAUUUCUGCAAAAAAAUUAAAAGAAGAUAACAUUUAUAUUAAAAACAAUGCAGUAAAAUACAUCACAGAGAUUAACAAUGAAAUUUCUGUCUUAAAGAAUGGAUUUGAUACUUUUCUGAAAGUAAAUGAUAUUAUUCAGAAUAAUGUAAAUUUGCAAAUAAAAAAUUUUCAAACUGAACUAAAAGAAUUUGAAGAAUUUAAACAAAAAUAUAAUCAAUUACAAACUGAAUUAAAAGAUACUAUGUAUCUUAAAUCUAGUUUAGAAAUAAACUUGGAAAAUUAUAAUAAACAAUUAAAUGAAAUGUCUAUAAAAUUGGAACAACAAUGUGAAGUUAAUACAAAAAAUCAUAAACUUAUAGCCGAGAUAGAUAAUCUUAAUUUCAAAUUGUAUGACUUACGAAAUUUACCCGAGCAAGUGAAAUUAUUAAUGAUAGAAUCUAAAUCUUUACAAGAAAAACUUAACAAUGUCAAUGCUAUAAAUCAAUUACUUUCCAAUGAAAUAUGUGAUUUGAAAGUACAACUUGAAGAGGCAAAUAAUAAUACAAAACAAUUACAAGAAUUAGAACAAAAAUAUGUACAAGCAACAAAAACUGCUACAUUAUUGAAAUCUGAAAACUUUAAUUGUGAUAAAUUAAAAGAAAAAAUAAACAUUUUACAAUCGGAAAUUAAAAUUUUAAAUGAAAAUUUAUUCGAUAAGGAUAAGAAAAUAAAUACUUUAAACGAAGAAUUAGAAAAUAAAGAAAGUUUUUUAGUUAAUUUAAAACUCGAAGAUGAAAAACAUACAAAGUUAAUUGAAGAACGUGAAAAUGAAAUCAUUAAAUUAACAAAAUCAAAUGAAACUCUACAACAAAAGAUACAAACAAAAAUUCAGCAAUUAACAAAGUUAAAAACUAUCAAACAAAAACAAGAUGCCACUAUCCAAAAGUUAAAUGAUGAAAUUAGUGAAAUAAAAGCUUCAAAUAUAGAAUUAUUGGAGCAGUUAAAAUCAUCAGAAAAUGAAAUGAAUAUGUUGAAAUCUGAAAACUGCCAAAUAGUAAUAUUAAAAAAUAAUAAUACAGCAAUCAAUGCUGAAUUAGAAAGGUUAAAAUUAAUUGAAAACGAAGUAAAUUUAGAAAAUAAAAAUUUAAAAGAUAAACAAAACGAAUUUUUGAAACAUAAUCAAGAAUUAAAUGAAUCUAAUGAAAAUUUAAAGCAAAAAGUUAUAGAUUAUGACAAAUACAAUCAACAAUUAUUAACUGAAAAUGCACAAUUAGAAAAAGAAAUUGAAUUAUGCAAAAAUCGCUUAAGUGAACAAAAUCAAGAUAUAGAUAAUUUAAAAAGUCACAUUACAUUAUUAAAUACAGAAUUACAGUCUAACAGUCAGGAACUAAAUUUCCAACUUGAAGAAGUAACUUCAUAUAAGAAAAAAGCAGAAAAAACUAAAGAAUGUCUUACAAAAGAAAAUACAAAUUUACGUAAUGAAAUAGAUAAAUUAAAUUUAACAUUAGAAAAUAAUAAGAAAAUGGAAGAAAUAAAUAAAGAACUUCAAAUGAAAUUAGUACUUUUGGACAAAGAAGUGUCAGAACUAAAAAAUGUCGAAGAAGAAAUGAAUAACUUAAAAUCGGAAAUAAAUAGUUUAAAUAAAAUAAAAAUUGAUUUAGAAGAAAUACAAUCAGAAAACAGUAAACUAGUUACAGAAAAUUUAUCUUUAAAAAAUAGAAUUACAGAAUUAGAAAAUAUAAAUACAAAACUUCAAUCUUACGUAAAUAAUUUAAAAUCUACGAUUUCCAAUUUAGAUCAAAUAGAAUCCAAAAAUAUUGAAUUAAAAAAUGAAACUGAUACAUUAAAAAAUACAAAUAUGGAACUAUUGUCUCAAAUAAAGAAUGAUGAUGUAUCAAAACAACAAUUAAUAACGGAAAUAGAUGAAUUAAAACUUAUAUUAGAUGAAAAAGUGGCAGAAUUAAAAUUACUAGACGCUAAAAAUAUAGAACUAUUGAAAGAAAUUGAAAGAUUGAAAUCUUCAUCAAUAGAGGAGGAAGUAGCAAUAGAAACUGACCCAUCAACUAAUAUUGAAGAUUUAAAAGAAACGAUUAUUAAACUACAAAAUGAAAUAAAAGUUCUUAGAGAAUCGAAUAUUACGCUAAACGAAGAAAUGAAAAAUAUAAAUAAUAAUAAAACUAUAGAUGAUUUUUCUACCAAAAAUAAUGAUAAACUAGAGGAAGAAAAUAAAAAAUUAGAAGCACAACUAGAUGAAGCAUUAAUAACAUUCCAAGCAAAAGAAUUAGAAAUGCAUUUCAUUAGUAAUGAAUUAAAAAAUCAAGUGGAUACUUUGAAACAAGAAUUGAAAACAAAUGAGGAAGAGCAAAGUAUGAGAUUAAAACAAUUAGUUAAGGAAUUUCAAGCUCAGUUACAUGAUAAGGAAGAAGAAUUGCAUGCUGCAUUGGAAAAACGAUUUGAUCGUCAACAAAAUUAUGAAUCAAAUCUUAUUCAACAAUAUAAAGAACAAUUAAAAGAUUUUCAAAUAGAAUUGACAGCUAAAUCAGAACAAAUUGAAAAUUUAAUUUUAGAAAAUAAAAAUUUAAUAUCACAAAAAACAAAAGAUAUAAAUCAGUUAAUGGAAAAAAUUACAAUAAUAAAGAAGGAACAUAUAGAUGAAAUUAAAGAAAUAGAAAAGAAAUGGAAAUUAAUAGUACAACAAAAAACUGACACAUUGGAAGCAAAACACGAAGAAGAAAUUAAUGAAUUAACACGGGAAUGGCGAAAUGAAAGAAGGGAAUUAGAGAGUACUUCACGAGUUGCAAUGGCAGCUGUACAAUCAAACACUGGUUCUUUCCACACUCUUCAACAAACACUAACAGCACAGAGACGAGAAUUAGCUGAGCUUAGAAAAUUAAUGAAGCUAAGACAUGAUACAUUAGAGGAUUCAACAGAGAUUGAAUAUCUUAGAAAUAUUUUAUUUGAAUAUAUGAUGGGAAGAGAAACAAUGGUGCUUGCUAGAGUGAUUGCUGCAGUUGUCAAGUUUGAUCAAGAACAAACAGCAAAAGUACUUAAAAAAGAAGAAGAUAAAAUGACACUGCUUGGUUCUCUAGGUCUCACAUAGUGCAAAAUUCUGUAUAUUUAAAAAUUGUGUAAGUACUUUUGUAUAUUAGAUUGUAAGUAUCUUGUAUUUAUUUAUAAUAUAUAUUUUAAAGAUGACUAUUAUUCUGUCAAUAUAUGAUAUAUAAUAUGUAGAAAAUAUAUACUGUAAAAGAUUUACACAGUUUCCAGAUAGAAGCA